AUGCCUAUCCGCGAUGUGGCAUUCAAAACGUCUGACCACCUCACACUUCGAGGUUGGGUCUUCACUCCCAGCUCCUUCGAUGGAAAGCUUCCGUGUGUGGUAAUGGCGCACGGCUUUGCGGCCCAUAAAGAAUUCAACCUAGGUAGCUUUGCGGAGUAUUUCACUUCGAACCUGCCAGUCGCUGUAAUUGCCUAUGAUCAUCGUUGUAUCGGAGCCAGCGAUGGAGAACCAAGACGAGAAAUCAUCCCUGCCUUACAAAUAAGCGACUAUUCCGAUGCUAUCACUUUUGCACAAUCUCUUCCAGAGGUUGCCGCCGACAAAAUUGCUAUCUGGGGAAGUUCAUACAGUGGAGGUCACGUUCUCACAGUUGGCGCGGUUGAUCGUCGAGUUAAAGCUGUUAUUAGCCAAGUCCCUCUCACUAGUGGAUGGGAUACUUUCCAUCGUAUACACAGAGCUGACUUCGUUCCGAGCCUAAACAAGUUAUUCGAAGACGAUCGCCUUGCUCGUGCCAGAGGAGAAGAGCCGGCUCGGGUGCCCGUGGUAGACAAAGAUCCUCACGCCUUUUCCGUUCUUCCUUCAGAAGACAGCUAUAUCGGCUACAGCUCAGGAAUACCAUUCGGAUGGGUAAAUGACGUGACACUGAAGAGCCUCGAGGCAUUCCGAGCAUACGAACCUUCGGCGCUUAUUGAACGUAUCAGCCCUACUCCGUUGUUGAUGAUUGUGAUGGAUAAUGAUGUUGUCACACCUACCGACCUUGCGCUUGGUGCUUUCGCAAGAGCAAAGGAACCCAAGCAAUUACACAUUCUGCCGGGAGGACAUUUCGACCCAUAUAAUGGGCAACUCUUCGACGAAAAUGCACCGGUACAGGCCAGGUUUCUACAAGAGCAUCUCCUAAAGUAG